AACUGAGCCAGAGCCGGAAGUCGUCAGUGGCUGCGCGAAGCAGCUCGCCGCGGCCAUGCAGAUCCUCACCCCUCACGUGUACUGGGCUCAGCGCCACGCGGAGAUUUUCCUGCGGGUGGAACUCAGCGAUGCGAAGAAUCUUGAUAUCAGCCUGCACCAAAACAACACGCUUCACUUCAGAGCACUGGGCCACGGAGCCAAAGGGGAUAACGAGUACAAGUUCAGUCUGGAAUUCCUGGAGCCCGUGAAACCCGAGAUUGACCAUAGAUCCACUCAGCGCCAGGUGGACAUCAAGAUCCGGAAGCAGAGGGAGCGCUGGUGGGACCGGUUGACUCUUCAGGAGAAAAAGCCUCUUUUCCUGGCUCCGGACUUUGACCGCUGGCUGGACGAGUCCGAUGCAGAGACAGAGCUCCAGGCUCAGGAGGAGCAAAAGAUUAGCAAGAUAAAUGUGGAGUCCAGAGUUCGUGAAGACCCCUAUCUCGGGCUGAAGAAAGGUUACCUGUUCAUGUACAACCUGGUUCAGUUCCUGGGCUUCUCCUGGAUCUUUGUCAACAUGACAGUUCGACUCUUCAUCCUGGGACAAGACUCGUUCUACGAUACGUUCCACACCACAGCGGACAUGAUGUACUUCUGUCAGAUACUGGCCGUGUUCGAGGUGGUUAACCCCUUGUUGGGUCUGGUUAAAACAGGACUUUAUCCUGCUAUGAUACAGGUUGCAGGGAGAAAUGUGGUGUUGUUUGUCAUCUUUGGCUGCUUGGAGGAGAUGCAGAGCAAACCCAUCGUCUUCUUCGUGUUUUACGCGUGGAGCUCCAUUGAGAUCUUCAGGUAUCCGUUCUACAUGCUGGCCUGCAUCAGCACAGAGUGGAAGCUGCUAACGUGGCUGAGGUACAACCUGUGGAUCCCUCUGUAUCCGCUUGGCGUCAUCUCUGAAGCGGUGGCGGUCAUCCAGUCCCUGCCCAUCUUUGAUGAGACGCGUCUGUUCAGCCUCCCGCUUCCUGGCUUCAGCGGUCGCUCCGUGAGCUUCUCCUACACGCUGCAGAUCUACCUGGUUCUCAUGUUUCUGGGACUCUUCGUUAACUUCAGACACCUGUACAAGCAGAGACAGAGGCGGUACCGCUGCCGGAAGAGAAAAACCCAUUGACUCCUCCCUCUGUCGUACCCUCCAGCUUCCUGUUGGCCUUUCUUCAUCCCUCUCAGCCGAAGAGGAGCAUUGGUCCGGUGGUUCCAGACCUCCUCGCAGCUUUAAAACCCUCUUCCCAUCACGCCAUCCGAGUUUGACCUCAUCUAAAAAUGUUCAUAUUUAUCUGAUGGUCGCCACUGGGGAUUAUUUAUUCAUUUCACUGGAAAAACGUGUCUACAAAGAUAAGCUACAAUGAUGAGACUUGGAAGCGUAGAAGACAUUUGGAUUCAAUGAAUAUCUGUAUUUGGGUUCAGUAGAAGUGACUCAGCUUUCAGUUACAUGGUAAAUUUGAACUGAAGUUUAUUUUUUCAUUUCUGCCUAACGACGGAUCAUUUCAGCUUCUGCUCAUCCUGAACCUUUUUGAUUGUGUUGCUAAAUUCUGGAUAUUAUGCAGUAAUUCAGCUGGAGAGACGUAUUUGAUUGGGAUUAAACUUUGUGACGCUGAUCUCCAGUUUGUUCUGUGAGACAUCUUCUGUUGUUAUAUCAACUAUAAGCUGAGUUUAAAGUGUUCCCAGUGAUCUUUUAAUCAUAAUUAUGCAGUUUUUAGCCUGAAUAAAAAACCCUGUUUUUUUAAGACAUAUUUUCUGCAGAGCAGCAGGGUUCAUUAGAAACUCACCUUUGGGUUGUGGGCGGGACUGUUGGGGUGUUGACAUCCCAGUAUUCCUUUUACACUCUCUCCUGCUAGCUUACAGUCCCUCACAACCCCAAGCUAAAAUUAGUGUCGUAAAAAAAUGGUGAUCAAUAUCAUUUCUAUCCAGUUGUACAGUUUAGAUCCUGAUUUCAGCUCAGAUGUAGAAAACAAAGACGUUCAUGGAUCUGUUUGUCUGCAACAGAAUGGAGCGGAGAAGGGAGACUUUGGUCUGCCCAUCCCGCAAACCUGAGCUUUUUAAGGUGUUUGUGUACUACUGAUACAUCACAAUUUUAAUAAACAAUACUCAGAAAUUCAGUUUUAAUCUUAAAAUAUUGUAUGUAUGUUGUCCAUCAUGAGAGAAAUGCCACAAGAACAUGUUAAAAACACCCAAAACACCAUUUUCAUUGUGUGGCUCUUUCACGUCUUGUAAUUUUGACAACAUUGACAUUUUUAAGAAUCAUGGCUAUACAGGAUACAGAUAAUAUUGAUAAUCCAAAAUAAUUGACCAAAUACUGUUGAUUUUUCUUUGAAGUUUUGUUUUUCAGGCUAAAAACUGCUUUCAAUAGGUCUUUAGGGUUAUACUUCCACCUUUGAUCAGUUUAAAUUGCUAUAUGGAAAUUGUUUUCAUAACCCGACAGUUUGUGAACUGACGUAACAAGAGAAUUUGAGGUGGAAAUGGUGCGUAAGAAUGGAAUGGAUUCAGUGUUUUUGCAGUGAGAACAGCUGUCAUGCAUAUUCUUGGUUUUACAUUUUCAUCCACCUGCUGCUCUCAUCACUUAGAUUUGGAUUCAGACCAGAAGGAAAUUAAAUUUCAAGUUCUAUUCCCUGUUUCCUCUUGAAUGCCCUGUUAAGCCAUUUACUGCUUCCUUUUCAUCAUUUAUCCUAAACAGUUUGUGUCUUCAAAACUUAUUCUUUAAUAAAAGUGAGUCAUUCUAAUGUAUUUAUUUUAAACAUUAGAAGCCUUAAAUUAUGUGUUUUUUUCUGAGUGUUUUAUGAAGGGUUUGUUUUUUGUUUUGUGGAUGUUUUUGUUUAUUUCACACUUUCACUCUAAAUGGAAAACUGUUACUUCUCUGAGGAAAUAAAUGUCUGUUUUUCCAGC